AUGACAUUGACAGAAGGAGAUACAUUCCCAAAAGGAGUUGAGUUCAAUUAUAUUCCAAUUGACAUUGAAAUUAGAAAGCAGGAUCCAUUAUCAUGCUCGAGGCCCAUUAAGUUGUUUCUAGAUAAGUUGUUCGAAAAGCACCUGUCUGAAAACAUCUUAUUUGUGGCUGUUCCUGGUGCAUUUACACCCACAUGUACUGAAAAUCAUAUUCCUCCCUUUUUAGAUCAUUUGAAUACUUUGAAAAAGGACAAAGAUAUUGGUGCUGUAGUAAUUCUUAGUACAAAUGAUGCUUUCGUUUUGAAUGCAUGGGGUAAGUUACUUCUCGAACCCGUAGAUUUGAGCGGAGACUUACCAGAGUUGAUAUUUGCUAGCGACCCUAAUGCAUCUUUUAGCAAAGAAUAUGGCUUAUUCAAUGAUGCAACAGCUUCAGGUAUGGGCAUCAGGUCUGCACGUUAUGCCAUGCUUGUUGAUUCAAGCAGAAAAAUCAAGUAUCUUGGUAGAGAAGUCGAACGAGGAGUGAAAUACAGUGGGUAUGAUGCUAUUUUGAAUGCAAAGCUUUAA